AUGAGGAGCGCACCGGAGGCUCGCACUGGCGUGCGCCGCUCCUUGCGCCUGGCGACGGCAGCGGCGGCAGCGGCGGCAGCCACCACCUCCCUCGUCGCGACGACGACGACCCCGAAGGCAGCCGAGGCCUUCCUGUGCGGCCCUCCGCCGCGUACGGCAGCAGCAGGCUCCUCCCGUCGACUGCUGCACCGCGCGCAGCAGCAGCAGCAGCAACCCCGCUCGUCGUCGUGGUGCGCCCUACCAACGAGUAGCAGCGGGUUCGGAACAAGCGCAGCUUCCAGCGGCCAAGAGUGCACAGGCCGGCGCCGGCGCCGACUACCACCUAGUAGACCUCGCGCCGUGGCGCCGUUGAGUGCGGCGGCAGCCGGUAACGAUCGACCCGGCGAUGCCGCUCCCGCCGCGGGCGGCGGGAGAGGUCCUCAGCAGUCCAGGCUUCCUCAAAGGGUGGAGCUAGCGGCCGGGCAGCCGCGGGGGAGCGUGCAGCAGCGAAAGGAGGGUGGCGGCGGAGGAGGAGGAGGACGGAAGCCGUUUGGUCCCAGUAGACACAUCACCGACGAGACCCUGGAUCUUAUCCGGGCUUCCACCAGCAUCACCGAAGUCAUCGGCCAGCACGUGGAGAUGAAGCCGGCGGGACGGGGGAUGGUGGGGUGCUGCCCCUUCCACGAGGACCGGACGCCUUCCUUCUCUGUGGACGACUCCAGGGGGUCCUACCACUGCUUCGGCUGCGGCGCGAGCGGCGACGUGAUCACGUUCUUGAUGCAGAUCGAUGGCCUUGGGUUCCGAGAGGUGGUGCACGACCUAGCCGUCGAGGCGGGCAUCCCCCUCGGGUUCGAGAACGCGGCCGACGGCAGCGGCGGCGGUAAGUGGGACACCGCGGACGAGAAAGCCCGGCGGGAGGCCCGGGAGAGGCUCAGCCUCGUGCUGCAGAUGGCGGCGCAGUUUUACACCCGGUGUCUCGUGGAGAUGCCGGCGGCGGGUGGCGCUAGGGCGCACAUAAUAGAGCGGGGCAUCUCCCCCAUGACGGUGAUGGACUUCCAGCUGGGGUACAGCCCCGCGGACCUGACGAGUCCGCUCAUUGAGUACCUCGAUCAGGAGGGCUUCGAGAUGGACACCCUCGUUGAUGCCGGGCUUGUGCCGGAUACGUCCAAGUGGAAAUACCGCCCAUCGCCGAACGACGCGCGGGGCCGAGUGGACCGCUUUCGGGGUCGACUAGUGGUGCCGAUUCGAGAUCACCGUGGGCUUGUGAUUGGCUUUGGGGCGAGGGAUCUUUCGGAUUCUCAGGCGCAGGGCAGCGUCGGCAGCGGCUUCGUGAUCCCCGAUGUUUCUAAGAAGGGAAAGGCCAAGAAAAAGGGAGAGCAGACCGAGGCGGCGGCGGCCGCCACGGGGGAUUCCAGCAAAGCGGCGUUAGCGGCGGGGGGGAAGGGGGUUGGGGAGGGGGCGGAUGCGGGGAAAUGGGAGAAGAAAGCGAGGCCUCCGGCGAAGUAUCUGAACUCGCCCGAGACCACUCUGUUCAAGAAGGGGAAGAACGUGUUUGGGCUAGAUCUCGCCAAGGAGGCGAUGCGGUCGGAAGACACGGCAUUCGUCGUGGAGGGAUACUUCGACGUGAUCAAGCUGCACGAUGCCGGCAUCCGGUGCGCGGUCGGGGUGCUGGGCACGGCCAUCACCAUCGACCAGCUCCAGCUCUGUGCGAGGUACACCAAGAGCAAGCGAGUGAUCCUGUGCAUGGACGGCGACGCGGCGGGCAGGCGGGCGGUGGAGCGGCUGUGCGAGAGCCCGGCCUCGUCGGGGCUAGACUCCCUCUCCGAGGCGGGGGUGUCGGUUUCGGUGGCGACCAUCCCGGAGGACCCUGGGUGCAAGGACCCCGCGGACUUCUUGCAGGCGCAUGGUGCAGAAGAAUUCCGAGCCAAGGUAAUGGGCAAGGCGGUCCCCUGGAGCGACUGGUACGGGGACAGCAUCCUGGCCGACCACGACUUCGCGGGUGACGCAAACGCCUUCCGGAGGUGUACGGACCGCCUGACGGGCUUCAUGAGCGACCUCAGCAUCCCCACCGAUCAGACGUUCCACGUCCAUCGCUUCGCCAAGGCUCUAGCGGGCGGCAACGAGGCGAUGCGGCACCAGCUAGAGUUCGACCUGAUGAACAUGUCCAACGAGAAACGUGCCCGCAAGAACGCUCUCCGGAGACGCUCCGGCCACUACACCGGCAGCUGGAACGCCGGCGUGAACGCCGGCUCCGCCCCGCCGGCUCAAGGGAUGAAGAAGAGGGAGGAGUCGAGGCUCAAGAGGGAGAAGUACGGGAGCAAGAGGAUGACGAUCUGGUCGCCGUCGAUGGAGCAGGAGUACGGCGGCGGCAGCGAGGAGAGCAAGGCCACGGAGCUCGCCCUCCGCGGCCGAAUCCUUGACCAGGCGCAGCGCUUCCUGCUGGCCCUGGUGGUACACGACCCCUCUCGCCGCGCCAAGUGCUUGGAGGAGGUGUCGCGGCACGGGCUCUACCUCGGCGGAGAGCGGCGGCAGUGGCUGUUCAACGCCCUGACCGCGUCGGUGUCACCAGACCCUGCCUUACCGUCAGCAGCAGGAGCAGGGGGGGGUGGGGGAGAUGGACAAGACGGGGCUGGGCGCGACUCUCCCCCGGCCUGGGGAGGUCCCACGCCGGAGGCGUUGGAGGCGGGCGGGGACGUGCUAUUCGCGGAGGUCAGGGCGGCGGCCCCCGGCGGGUACUUCGCGCUCCGAGGAAAGGCGGCGGGAAAAGGCGGGGGGGGGGUCGGGGCCGACGACGAGGGGGAGAAGGAGGACACGCUGGAUUGGGUGUUCGAGAGGGCGGAGGCGGAGCGAGUGGCCAAGGGGGCCAACACCGACCUCGUGCUGCUGGAGGUGGUGAUGGUCAUGCUCAAGGAGCAGGCCGCGGCGAAGAUGCACUCCCUGAGCCUGGAAUUAGCCGACACGAGCAACGCUAUAGCCCGCACGAUGGCCGAGGCAGCCACCGCCGACUUUCUCGCGCUGGACCCCCCUCAAGCCUCUGGGGAGCCCCCAGAGACCGCUACCGCCCCUGAAUCACCAGGCGUUGCCGCGGGGAAGGGUCAGGGGGUGGGGAGGAGCAGGGCGGAGGCCCAAGCGGAGGUAGAGAGGCUCAAAGUUCGGCAGUCGGAACUGUUCGAGAUGAUUCAGGAGCAGAGGGAGGAGGUGACCGAGUUCGAGGCACGAAGAAAGGCGUUCACGAACCGCCUGCCGAAGGUCAGGGCGGAGACAGAGGCUAUCCGAAAGCAGGAAGCGCGGGCGAAGAGGCAGAGCAUGGCGGCGGCGGCACCGGCGGCGCGAUCGGCGGCUCCCUCGCCCCGACCACCACCACCAACAUCGCCGCCGCCGCCGCCGCCGCCGCAGGAACGAUCGCAGUCGCCCGCCGACACGCGGUACGACGAGCGGCGGCAGCAGCAGCUGCAGCAGCUCAGGCGCGAAGCGGGGGGGGAGGAUGAGGGAGAGCUGUCGGUGGAAGACCUACCGUACCGGUUCUUGGACGAAGACAAGGAACCGGAGGAAGGGAUCAACAUCUACGACGUGGACGGGAACAUCGCGGCGGCGAUGGCGGCGAUGGAAGCUGCUGAGGCGAGCAAAGGUGCUCGGAGCGAGCGGAACGCGCGGCGCGGUGCGGGGACACCGCAGGCCGUAACGGUGAUGGGAGGAGGGGGGGGCGACGGGGGUCUUGACGAUGCCGUUGUGGAAAGGAUGGCGAGGGAGGCCGAGGAGCAGAUGGAACAGAUGAAUGAAGAUGACGGUGUCUUCGACGGCAGCGAGACGGGUUGGUGAUUUUUUUAUUUUUUUAGUCAAAGGCUGUUCGUGUUGCCGUGUGCUAAUUUGGGGUGUGAGUGAUGGUCCCUCCGCCUUGUCGCCGCUCUCUCGGUGUGAUAUGGCGGGUGUUGGGUGUGGCGGGAGACUGCCAUCCGUCUGUGGGUGAGGGGUGCAAUGUGCACCGAGUGUUUUUUCGGCUCCUUUCACGAAGUGGGGCGCGUAGCGUUGUGCUGGGUACGUAUGUGCUACAUGGCUCCCCGUUGGUCUGCGGAUUGAAAAUUUCUACUGUGGUUUCAACUCCUCGGAGCGCGCGGGCCAUGUCGUCGGUGGUCUGCGCUUAAGAGCAGUAGUGUGGUGCACGGCUUUGCCAAAUUGAUUUUUUGCCCACUUAGCCGUCAGGAGACGCUUGCGUUGAAGGUCGUGUUUCGUUGUAGUAAGUUGACGGCACCCAAUAAUCCUGGACUGUUGCCAGUUGUAGACAGAGAGACAAGACGAGCGGAUGGCGACGUGAGGCCCCCCCCCCCCAGCAACAAAAAAGUAGCUGGGGAAAUAUUUCCUGCUGUAGUGUGUGUGUAUCGCGUGGUGGACUGUGUGUCGUGUUGUCGCCUUUUGUUGCUUCCGGAUAGUCUGCGCAUGCUCGUUUUUCGGUGGUGUGUGCGAUAGUGUUGUGCCCUCCCCCCCCC